AGAUCGGCCUAGUCUACCGCGCUGAUUGUCUAGUGAAUAUCGUCGAGUUUGAUCAAUAAAUAUCAAAAAAAGAAAACCAAACUUUAGAAACCGGAAAGGGAUUUCUACUGAACUUUGUGCGGUCCACUUUACGUAAAAAUUCUUGAUAAUGAUAAUCAUGAAUUUAAUAGAUAAAUCAUACAAAUCUGUAGGAUGAAGAAGUAGAAGCACCACCCCCACCACCACCAAAGGAAAUUCCGCCGUAUGGAACAAAAGAAUGGAUUCAAUAUGUCAGCGAGAUAGAUGGACACCUCCCGACCCCAAUACCUGUGUCUAUCACCGGCUCAGAAAAAUACUCCUGUCCACCUCUCCAAUGCAUUAAUCGGAGCUAAAUGGAGAACGGAGCGCCCUUACAUUGAAGGCGGGCCGUUUUUGGAGAAACAUGUUUUCUCCCAAAUACACUUUCAUUGGGGAGCCAACCUGAUGGAAGGAAGCGAUCACAUCGUAGACAAUAGGAAACAUCCUGGAGAGAUGCAUGUAACAUUCUUCAGGUCAGAAUAUUUAACGCAAGAAGAAGCUUUCCAACAUCCAGAUGGCGUCGCCAUAUUUUGUUAUUUGAUCACGCAUGGUUUAGAACCCGAUCCACGUCUAGAAUGGGUCAUAGAAGGAUUCAAAAGAGUUCAAGAAUCGAAAAAUUACACUCGUAUCGGACCACGACCAAUGUCCAAAUUAAUUCCGAUGUUUUUUGAAGAUUACUUCUUGUACUGGGGCACAUUGCACACUACAAAGGGUAAAGACUUUGUCUGUAGAUGGAUUAUUCCGAGAUGUGUUCUAUCGGCUGAUGAAGAUCAGAUGAAACAAUUUCAUAAACUCUGGGAUCCUUAUGAUGAACCAAUUGUAAGAAACUUCAGGCCCCUGCAAGCUAAAGAAGAGAGAACCGUUUUCUUCAUCUCUCCGCAUUGGAGUCAAUACAACUCCCUCCUACCUUUACCAAAAUCCUUACCAGAGACUUCGAUAUCUAUUUUAUCACAAGAAUAUGCAACGAAGCCGUGGAUGUUACCACCGCAGAAUGCGUAUAUGAUGUCUGAGCAAACGAAAAAAGAUGAUGAUGCUAAAGCACAGAGAACAAGUGAUGAAAAGCAAAUGAUCACAGAUUCAAGUGAUAAAUAAUGGUGCAAAGGCGUAAUAAUAAAAAUAAUGCGAAUAGGACACCUUACUCAUUUACUUAGGUACUACACCACCAUUUUAAAACCAUAUCUGUUACUACUAGAGGAUGUUUUGGCAUGCUUUCGGAAUUCAUUUAAUUUAGUUCGAAAUUUAAUAGCAGUAGAUCUCCUUGUGAAAGAGUUUGUCCAGGGUAGUACUGCCACCUUACCU